AUGGACUUGGCCGGAGUUCUCCUGGCGUUUUUCCUCGUGCUGGUGCUCGUGGUGUCUCUGCUGUCCAACCUCCUGGUGCUGCUAUGUUUCCUCUACAGCUCCGAGAUCCGCAAGCAAGUGCCCGGGAUCUUCCUGGUGAACCUGUCCUUCUGUAACCUGCUCCUGACCGUGCUCAACAUGCCCGUCACUUUGCUGGGGAUCCUGAGGCACCAGCAACCCCUCGGUGACUGCAUCUGCAGGGCGGUGGGCUUCCUGGAAACUUUCCUCACCUCCAACACCAUGCUGAGCAUGGCUGCGCUCAGCAUAGACAAGUGGAUUGCCGUGGUGUUCCCCUUGAGUUACACCAGCAAGAUGCGCUACAAGGAUGCCGUGCUCCUGGUGGGCUACUCCUGGCUCCACUCCCUCACCUUCCCCUUGGUCUCCUUGUGUUACUCGUGGGUAGACUACAGCAGCGUCUACGCCUCCUGCACCUUGCACCUGAGAGAGGAGACGGAGAGGAGGAGGUUCACCGUCUUCACCAUCGUCUUUCACGCCACCAGUUUCAUGCUGUCGCUGGUGAUACUGUGCUUCACCUACCUGAAGGUGUUGAAAGUAGCCCGAUUCCACUGCAAAAGGAUAGACAUUAUUACAAUGCAGACGCUGGUGUUGCUGGUCGAUAUCCAUCCCAGUGUGAAGCAGCGGUGUCUGAACGAGCAGAAAAGGAGACGGCAGCGAGCUACUAAGAAAAUCAGUAUUUUUAUAGGCUCCUUCCUGAUCUGUUUUGGCCCCUACAUUAUCACCAGAUUGAUAGAGCUCCUUCCCUUUGUUACCAUCAACUACUACUGGGGAAUUAUAAGCAAGUGCCUCACCUACAGUAAGGCUGCAUCAGAUCCAUUUGUUUACUCACUUUUACGUCAACAGUACAAGAAAGUCCUGAUCAACAUAGUCAACAGGAUACUUAAAAGGGAUCUAUAUCCUUCAUCGGGCUACAACAGCUCUCUUGACACCGAAAAUGAUUACUGCUUACACAGAACAAACUAA